AUGACAGAUAAACCUUAUGACCCUCAUCAGGCAAAUCAAGCGGCCGAGGAGUCUUCAGACAACGAGGAAGAAGAACAACAAGUCAGAUGUAUUCAUCUAGCCGAAGAGGCCAACGAUUCACAACAAACCAUAGAUCCCGAAAUCCAAUCAACUCAGGAGGAGUAUCGCCUCCUGAUGAAAGAAUAUAACUGGAACGUAUUGAUAAGAUCCCUGCACACCUGGUACAUGGCCCUCAAGCUGCACACAAAGAAUUGGAGCGGCGACAACGCAUACAAUCAAAUCCCCUCAAAUGACUGCAAAUGCCCAACUUCAAAGAAGACAAGCCGCUAUGUUGACCUUGUUGAUUUAUAUGGUCAACAUCGGACACUCGUCGAGUUCUGCAAGUGUAUGCACGAUGCCGUCCACCUAUUGAAGCGAGGCUACUUACCCAGAUCUCCAAUGAAACCUCAAACCGCCUUCUCCCUUCCCCUGCUCAUAUUUCACAACUCGCUAUGGAACCACAGUCACAUUGGUAUGCAACCAUUCACCCUUGCCCUCACAGAAUUCCUUGAGCCACGAUCUGAGAGAUUAUUUGUCAAGAACGGGAUUCAUGCCCGAGAAAUGCGGAAGCCUUUUUCAGGAGCAGUUGACCUAUUCAGGCAACUUGAAGAGAAAACAGACAAUAUGAUUGACUCGGCCCUUCAACUGACGGAUCAGCAGAUUCUAGCGGGAAGAUCGUGUCCAGCUUGCUUUGGUCCAGAGCCUUCAAACUCAAAAGAUUACCCGGAAGCCACUCGAAACCGUCUGGUAAUCUGCCUCAAUGGCAACUUCCAACACAGGCACCACUCAAAAACCAGUCGAGAUUAUGAGACACUUUGGUUUCCACGCAUAUUUCUAGCGGAGGGAGCCAUUGAAAACAUGACUGCAGAAAUCAGACACAUGGAUCUGCUCAGUAAAACUCCAAGUCAGCUCUCUGGCAUCUGCAAUCAUUGA